AUGGUGGGUGGAAACGGGUACCGUCGUCGUCGAAGGGACUUGGGACCCACACUUAGCGAACCAGUGUUGGAUGGGGCCCGCGGAUGUUGUCUUCGUUCCUCUGUGGUUGACCUCCAUUCCUUUCUCGUCCUCUCCCUUAUAUACCAAACAAGUCCACCACUCUCAACACCAUCAAUACAAAGGAAACACAAAUGGACAUGGCGGUUCAAGGCAAGAGGGGAGGCGAGAUGCGAGACCAAUUACAUGAAGCGGGUGAGGCACCUCUGUGACAAUGGCAUUACAAAGGUUCCCAGCAAGUACGUCUUGCCCCUCCCCGACCGGCCUCAACUCGCCCCGGCAGCUCGUAAGCCAAGUCUGAAGCUUCCUGUCAUCGAUGUCGGUCAGCUGCUUUCGCCCGAUCGCACCGAAGUUCUCGCGACGUUAGACCGAGCUUGCAAGGAGUAUGGCUUCUUUCAGACGGUGAACCACAGCAUUGCCGGUGAAGUCACUAGGAGAAUGAUCGACGUGGGGAAGAGAUUCUUCGAGCUUCGUUUCGAGGAGAGAGCGAAGUAUAUGAAGACCGACGUAAGGGGGCCAGUGACGUACGGGACGAGCUUCAACCAGACGAAGGAUCGCGUGUUUUGUUGGAGGGAUUUCUUGCAGCUCAGUUGCCACCCCCUCGACAGUGUUCUUCCAUGGUGGCCUACUUCUCCCAUGGACUUGAGGGAUGAAGUGGUCUCAUAUGCCAAGCACAUCAAGUCCUUGUUCCUGGUCCUCAUGGCGGCCGUCCCCGAGAGCCUCGGCGCGGAUCCUGCAAUCCUAAAAGAGUUCGACGAUGGAUCGCAACUAAUGGCGAUCAACUGCUACCGGGCGUGCACUGAGACCGAUCUCACCCUCGGGAUGCCACCCCAUUCCGACUAUGGCUUCCUCACCUUCGUCCUCCAGGACGAGCUCGAGGGCCUGCAGGUGCUGCACAGGGGCGAGUGGAUCACCGUCGAGCCUCUCCCCAACUCCGUCAUCGUCAACGUCGGCGAUCACUUGGAGAUAUAUAGCAACCGGAGGUACAAGAUAGUCCUGCACCGUGCACUCGUCAACACAUCCAAGUCGCGGCUGUCGAUGGCGUCCCUCCACAGCGUCUCCUUCGACAGAGUGGUCCGCCUGUCGCCAGAGCUCGUCGACAAAGACCAUCCGAAGCUGUACAAAGACACCGACUUCGCCGCAUUCCUUACCGACACCUCCUGCUGCGAGACGAAGCACAAACACUUCCUGGAGUCGAGGAAGGACUGGCGCCGUACAAAUCCAAGGGCCAGAGUUGACUUACCAUUGAGAGACUAUAAAGAUUCGUAA